AUGGUAAUAUCUAUGCUCGCGAAUGUUAUGGUAAUACCUAUGCUCGCGAAUGAAAGAGCUCCACAAUCUAUGCCGGACUCUGUUGUGCGACUGCUCCACAAGAAAGGAAACUGCCUGGACAUAGGAAACUACCGACCAGUAGCACUAUUGUCCGUCGUGUACAAAUUGUUCACCUCGAUACUUCGAAGAAGAGCUACGCGUGAACUAGAGGCUGCUCAACCCAUCGAGCAAACUGGUUUCCGAUCCGGAUUCUCGACAUCGGAAAACACCCUGGUCGUGACCGAGAUGAUCCAGAAGUCUCAGGAAUACAAGUUCCCCUUGUACCUGAUGUUCGUCGACUACAAGAAAGCCUUCGAUUCUGUGGAGUUCGGCUCUCUCUGGACGGCUCUCAGCGAGUUUGGAGUCCAUUCGAAGAUCGUUAUGACUCUGAAAAACAUCUAA